AUGGUUGCUGAAUUCACCAAUACCCUCAACAACUCUGUGUCUGGAAUCAUAUUUAUCAAAACUGGGCAGCUCAAAGCAGGAACACCAUGUGUUAUCAAUGGAUUUAUCGGUCAACUCUCAGUAUCAGCAUCUGACUUUUCGGUGCUGGCAAUCUCUGUGACCACUCUCCUCACAGUCACUCGCUACUUGUAUAUCCCAACUACGUCAAAAACAAGAAAGACACUCAUUUGUGGUGCAAUAUGGAUCAUGCCACUAAUCACAAGUCUCAUUCCGACUAUCGUAGGUGAGAUGGAGCCUGUUGGUGGCAAUUGGUGCUGGAUAUCAUCGACUCGAUCCGAUUUACGAUAUGGAUUGACGCAUGGCUGGCGUUUCUUUAUUAUUUUCAUAACUAUUGUCAUAUAUAUCUACAUCUGGAUCUACCUGCGACGACACCUCGGCCCCCAGAGCAAAAGGACACGACAGCCUCUUUCAUACUCAACCCACAACACCAACAGUGUGUUCUCCAAAGGCUCAAAAGAGAUGGGCUUCCGGGUUAUGAGGGAAGACAACCUAGAACUUGACACCUUUGGAGCCUUCCAGCCGAAUAUCGUGCCUAAUUCGCCAACUAUGUUUGACCAGAGAAGAAGUUUUUGGAACACGUUGCAGCGAGACAAAAUCGAAGAGAUUCGCGAUGCGGGAUUGGAGACUCAAGGUGAGAGAAAAGCCAGCGAUGGCGAAGAAAUAGGAGGGCCGGUCCGCCACCGGCCAACUUCGUCUAAAAGAGGAUCAGAUCUGGCUUAUACACGAGUUGCUAAUAUUGAACCUCUUCAAGAACCACACUCUUCACAACAAGCUUGCACCAACGUUCUACAAACCAAUGCCAGCGAAUUCCCCCAGCGUCGAGGAACCCACGAUGUUGAAGUUGAAAUCAAGAGAAUGAUGUUAUUGAACGGGUAUCCGUUCAUGUAUGUUCUUCUAUGGACACCGGGGCUUGUCAACAGAUUGCUCGAAGCACUGGGAACGCCUGUUUCAGAAACAACCAUUGCUGCUUUGAAUACCUCGACACAGUUUGUUGGAUUCGCCAACGCAGCAACAUAUGGCUUCAAUCAUUAUUUGAGAGACAGUUUGGAUACACUGUACUGGACGCCUAUGGUUAUGAGAAUAAAGCAAUGGUUUGGGUGA